CUCGGAUCACUAACGGCGUUGCACCCCGAAUGCAUUUUGAUGCAUCGCUUUGGUUUCUGUUUCAUCAAUGGACUGACGUCAACCAGCAGAGAUGUUGCUCAAAGAUCUCCCCAGAGAGGCCCUGCUACGGCCGUUAUCCAGGAACGAGGUGGUUGGCAUGUUGGUGAGGCUGACCAUAUUUGGUGCAGCCACCUACUACAGCAUCAAAUGGGUGGUGGACGCAAUGGACCCUACCUCCAAACAGAAAAGCCAAGCCAAGAAAAGGGCGGAGCUGCUGAUGAAGAGGAUUGGUGUUGAGGGCGUCAAACUAACAGAAUAUGAGAUGAAUAUUGCAUCUCACUUAGUCGAUCCACAAACUAUGAAGGUGACCUGGAGAGAUAUAGCAGGUCUGGAUGAGGUUAUUAAUGAGCUUCAAGACACAGUCAUCCUGCCCUUUCAGAAAAGACACCUGCUCGCUGGAUCAAAACUCUUUCAGCCUCCUAAAGGGGUUUUGUUGUUUGGCCCUCCAGGAUGUGGGAAGACUAUGAUCGCCAAGGCUACAGCCAAAGCCUCAGGGUGCAAGUUUAUCAACCUCCAGGCCUCCACGCUGACAGACAUGUGGUACGGAGAAUCGCAGAAGCUGACUGCAGCGGUCUUCUCAUUAGCAGUCAAAAUUCAGCCCUGCAUCAUCUUCAUCGAUGAGAUCGAUUCAUUUCUGAGGAAUCGCUCCAAUCUGGACCAUGAGGCCACAGCUAUGAUGAAAGCUCAGUUCAUGAGUCUGUGGGACGGCCUGGACACCUCCUCUACCACCCAGGUGAUGGUGAUGGGAGCUACGAACAGGCCGCAGGAUGUGGAUCCGGCCAUUCUGCGCAGGAUGCCCACCACGUUUCAUGUUGGCCUGCCAAGCACACGGCAAAGACAAGACAUCCUGAGGCUGAUUUUAGCCGGGGAAAACCUGAGCAACGCCAUUAAUCUGAAGGAGAUCGCGGAGAAGACCGAGGGCUACUCCGGCAGCGACCUGCGGGAGCUCUGUCGUGACGCAGCCAUGUACCGCGUCCGCGACUACGUCCGCAAGGAGCAAAUGAGGCAGAUCGCUCAGCAGCUCCAGGACUGCCAGGAGGAGGAAAAGCCGGUGGAUGAGGAGCGGUUGCGGCCCGUCACCCAGCUGGACCUCCUCUUUGGCCUGGACAAGAUGAAAGAGUCCAAGCGGGCCACGGCCUUCAUGGUGCCCGGCGCAGCCGAGGUCCCUCUGGACUGAACUCCCGGCGCCAAGCGCAGAAGGGAAGCGUCGCCUUUUUCUGUUUGUCCACGAUGUGUUCCGGCUCACCAAGCACAGACUUCAGCGUGGUGCGGUUGGAGUUUGCAGCGGACGGCCACGGCCAUUGGACCUUUAUUUACCCAGGUGGGAGUUGUUCCUGAGCAUGCUCAUAUUCAGCAUAACCCCACCUCAUGUGUGCCGUUACACCGUAUUUAAAUAUGUACUGUUCUCCUGACACUGGAGAGAGGUUUCCAUGAAAAGCACUGUGGGUGGAAUACAGAAUCAUUACCGGUAUCCUAAACAUUCAAAAUGUCCAAUAAGCUGUUCAGAUUCCACCUCAACACCGGUUCAUUCAUAAAAACAACGAAACUUGAGUGGAACCGCGAAGACUCAUGGUUGUUUUACCUCUUCUUGUUCUGGUAAAUGUGAAUCACUUCCUGUCAUUGGGAUCUGCAACUUUGUUUUCAACUUGUCUUUGCUGUAUUUUAAUGCUUCUGUGUAGUUUAAUGUUUUUUGUUUUGUUUUUUUCAUCUUUGAUUCCUGGAGGACCUGGUAGAUCAGGCGUGUCAAACAUAAGGCUCAGUGGCCAAGAUUUCACUGAACCUUGAGGUAUCAGUGACGAUGGGGGUCAGGAUCCAUUUGUAAAAUAUGCAUAAUACAACAGCUUUCUAGACCAUUGACUUUAUUCUGCACCGGGAGGUUUCAUUAAAAUAGUUUUUUUUAAGGAUUGUAGUCAUUUUAAAUAGUAGUUGUUUGGUCUGCUGCAGCACAACAAAGAAAAAAGUUUCAAUUUAAAGGACAUUAUGGCAAUAUUUUACUUUUCCAGUCCAGUCAAGAAUUGGGCUGAAUGUGUGUGACACCCCCGUUGUAAAUCAUCUUAGUGCUCUCAUUGAUCCUUUGGUCUUUGUCUUUUUAUUCUGAUUUUUCUUUUGUUGAAUUCCUGAUCCAAACUUGUGCCAAUAUCCCUCCCAGAGCCAGACCGGGGUAUUUCUCUUGGCGCUGACAGCUCCCACCUUGAGGCCCUUCACUGGGGACAGUCUGAGUGUUUCAUUUCAUCCUCUGAAGGCUUCCGCUCUUCUUGUCCUUGGGUCAGUGCGGUUGUUGGGAGUGAUGAGGAGGACAGGGUCAGCGUAACCGUACGAGCGGGAAUCGUCUGUGCUGCAGGGGAGAAUGGAAAAACUGCUUUAGUAUUCUGUAAGUCACGCAGCGUAUUUACCGCAAAUGUUGUUUGUUUGCAAAUCACUCCGUCACGUAAUGUUUCCAAGGAACCAAUUCUCCAACAAAGAAGCAGUGUUUCAGGUUCCAGGGUUUAAUUAUCCAAUAUACAAAUUGGUUUUUGUGUAGGUAUUGUUCUGUUUAAAUGUCACAUUUGAAUGUUACAAGUCACCUUGACUUCCUCUUCACACACUUUGUUUUCUUCCCUCAAACCUGCUCGGAUUGAAGUGACAUUUGUUUUUCUUAUAUUUGACAUGUUCAUCCUGUUUGAACUGUUUUUUUUUUUUUUUUUUUGAAACCACUUGAAUGUCAUCAUUAUUUGCUUGCGUCUCUCCUUUUGUAGAAAGGCAGCGGGUGACUUUGCCUCAUGUGAUGUUGGCCUGCAGCCAUUCGCUGCUCCCGGGGAGCAAAAAUUCACAAUAUUUCUUUUGAAAUUGCAAAAAAAAACAUGUAACAUCAAAUGUUCAUGUACACAAACAUCAAAAUCAAAGCCACUGAAUGUGCAUGAUAAGCAGAGCAAAGCCAAGUGCGACUUUUGGCGACAUUUGCCAAUAUCGCAAAAAAAUUUGAUUUUUUUUUUUUUCUUUCUACAAGAUUGUUUGACAUUUGGACAUAACGUUACACAAAUUAUCACAGCAUAAGUUUACAUAGCUUAAGAAGCCAGUAAUAUGUUUAAAAAAUAAUCAGACAAUUUAGUUGUCGUAAGUAAAGAAGGUUUCCGCUUAAGCCUAAUUGAAAUGAAGAUGGAGUCUGGAGCAGCAACAGGCACUCGCUGUUAUUGGAAUGAUGAUUAUGCUGCUGCGAAAUGGCUAAAUUGCUUUUCUGCUCACUCCCUUCACUGCUUGUGGUCUGGAAGCAUCUCGGUGAAGUUCUGGGUUAAAAGAAAAAUAGUUGAAUGCAACUCCAGAUGUGGAACCGCCUCCAGUGCACAAUCCUGAUAAACAAUGGGUGAUUCUCCCUGGGAAGAAAAUAUACACUGUCCUAUUUAUCAUGCUGUUAUUAUCUGGAGUCCCUUUUGUUGUUGUUGUUGUUUUUUUUAAUAAGGAACUUUUUAUGUCUUUUUCUGUGCAUCAAUCAAAGCCUGACAGGCGUUGACGGCGCUGCAAACACAUAUCAGAACUUUCUGUGUCAAUCAGCCACUUUGUGUUGCUGUGAGGAUCGCAUGGCUUUCAAACUUCAACGCUUUCAGCCAGCUGUCAGUCAGCUGACAAGCCUUCCUGCCUCCCCUGCUGUAAUUUGUAUUUUUUCUCUAAAGAGCCACAGCAUGUACCGUGCAGUCGGAGCAUGUGCUCACACAUCCCUCUGAGCGUCUCCCACACAGUCUGAACUCACCCGUGACCACGUGGUGGCGCUGCAGCCUCACUGUCCCGUUGUUCAGGCACGUGUUACUGACUGAUUUCAUUUAGAGCACCUUUAUAACAUAAUGGCGAGACAAUGAGGCAGAGAAACCUGCAUACUGGCUCUGCCUUAUUGGUUUAUCCAGUGAUAUGUAGACGUCUGUUCCUCUUGAUUAGAGUACCUCAGGUGAUAGUUAAAGGUCAAAACGUUGCCAUGUGAACCAAUAAUUGUGUCUCUGUUGCUUUGCAGGUCAUUUCUUGGGAAAGGGUACAAACAAAUGCUUUCCCUCAGUGCAGCAUCAUCACUCAGGCGCUUUUAUUAUUCCCAUCCUUUCAACACACACAAUGCCCACACGCUACUUUUAUUUAUGAUGUCCAACACGUGUACAUGCCGAGUGUGAAAAAUGUUACUUGUACUGUAAAGUGUGUAUUUAUUAAAUUACCCUGAACAAAG